AUGGGACAUUUCAAAAACUAUACGACACUAUACGAUACUAAACUUCAAAUCGGAAUACGUCGUUUCAAAGAAUGUUUGAAUGUUCGAGAAAUUCUUGUUGUGGCAUCCAUAUUCGCAAUCGGGAACUAUCUACUACCAACUCCGACCAUUGAAGAACACCCGACGGAACACAAAUGCUCCGUGAUUCAGUACCGAACGGCUGCAAAUAUUACUCGUCCUUCUUGGAAAGCCCUUCUCAUGACUCAUAAACCAGAAAUCCAAGUCGACAGUGUUGAAAACGAUUCUGGUCGGACAAAGAACUACCCUCUCUUGAACUCCCAGAAGGUUAAUGCCGCUUAUUCGGAUGUCGUCGGAUUUAAGACAUAUCCUCCGCGAAAGAUCGCUCAAGAGUGCCCCGGAUGUACUACACUCGAUUCAGAAGAAGCUGGUCGGACAACGAACUACCCUCUCUUGAACUCCCAGAAGGUUAAUGCCGCUUAUUCGGAUGCCGUCGGAUUUAAGACAUAUCCUCCGCGAAAGAUCGCUCAAGAGUGCCCCGGAUGUACUACACUCGAUUCGGAAGAAGCUGGCCGGACAACGAACUAUCCACUUUUGAACUCCCAGAAGACUACUGCCGCUUAUACAGGUGUCGUCGAAUUUAAGACACAUCCCCCGAGAAAGAAUGAAGCGGAUUCCUCCCACCCUCCAAGAAAGGCUCAUGAUGAAUCAAGAGAUGAUCGUCUCCAAGCGUCGUUGGAAAAUCGCAAUCCAAACCGUGAACGUCGGGCAACCAGAAUUCCAAUUACGCCUAGAUGA